AGGGAGCUGAGUGUGGACAGCAAAGGGGAGCUGAAAUUCGUCAUUUCUCAAGGAGAAGAUGAAUGAGAGAGGAGGAGAUGCUAAUGGAAGAGGAGCUGUAGCUGAGAAGGCAAGUGAGCCGCCGCCAUCAAAAGUUGAAGCUUUGGAUGGCUCCAACUAUGAGGAAUGGAGCGGGCGGAUGAGGAGUGCCUUCAAACGCUACAAGCUACUGAAGAUUGCUGUUGGGGAAGAGAAGAUGCCGGAAGAAGGCGAAGCACGCGAACGGUGGAUUGAGAAAAGCGCGGUGCUUUUCGACCUCAUCCUUCAAUCGGUCAACAAGGAGAUGUUCGAGCACAUCAAGGAUCUUGUGGAAGCGGAUGAUUCGGGUCCAAGGGCGUGGAAACUACUACGUGAUGUGAUUCAGCCCAACACUCUCCCAAUGGUGAUCGUGCUCGAGAAGGAACUUGCUGCCAUCUCCAUGCGACCAGGGGAUGAUGUGAAGCCGUACAUGGCCUUACACCAUGGGGCCAAGGAAGUGGUGUGGCUGAGGCGUUUGUUGGAGGAGUUGGGAGUUGGUCAGGAGAAGCCGACAGUUGUGUUCUGUGACAAUGAGUCCGCUGUGAAGCUCGCCAAGAAUGCUUGUCUGCAUGGGCUGACAAAACACAUAAGGCCUAAGUGGCAUUGGGUGAGGAGACUCCUUGAUAAGGAGGUGCGGCUGGAGAUAGUGAAGACCCAUCAGCAGGCAGCAGAUAUUUUCACCAAGCGUCUGGCGGAGGCGGAUCAUUGGAAGGGCAUGAAGCUUGCUGGGAUGAGUGUGCAUUGAGUAUGCAUGCUUGAGAUGUGGUAUGGUGGAUGAUGGUUGGCAGCCAGAGGGGGAGAUUGUUGUGUGAUGUCAUCAUAUGCUAUCACAUUCUGUCUGCCUCCCAUCCCAUAUUUUUCAACUUGCAUGUGUGGUUUGAACGUGUGCAAGAAUUUGUGUGUGAUGUGUUCUGGAGUUUGGGAAUGUGUUUUGUGUUAUUUUGUUUGAGCAGGUUUUUGUGAUGAUAGAUCUUGAGAAGAUCUUUCCGACGCAACGAGAAUCCCUUCAAUCGGAGCAAGAACGCGAAAGCUAUGAAGAUUCAAAGUUCAUGAGCUUGCGUUACAAUUGCGGCGGUUACAAAGUGAAGUUGUGGGGUGACUUUAUAUGGAGUUGGGACCUUUGGGGUUGGGAAACUUGUCACUCUACUGUAACAGCUGCAAAUUGGUUGGGAACAACCAAGCUAGGUUGGCAAGGGUGGCCAACUUGGAUGGAUUGGUUGGGAAGGGACAAAGGUCAAAGUUGAGGUUCCUAUAGGGAGGGAAUCUUUGUGCUUAUGGGGUUUCCUUGGUUGGGGACUCUCUUGGGACCUUCCCUCUCAUCCCUCUCUUCUAUCCCAACCUUUCUCUUGCUCCUCUAAUUCCUUGUGAGAUUCUUGAACUUUGAUUGAACCUUUUGAGAUUGAGUUAAGUUCUCCUCCUACAGCUUACCCCCUAGUGCGUCGAAAGCCAUAGCGUCGCGAAUACUUCAUCAAUCAACAUGAUUCAAAUUG